AUGUCGGACAGAAACGUGACAUUUGUGAAGGACUUUUUCAUUGUUGGUUUUCCUGGACUUCAUCCUAAAUACUAUGUCUUCAUUUCUGCAAUUAUGUUGUUAGUUUAUGUUUUCACUCUGAUAGGUAAUGGAAUUUUUCUUCUUUUGUUCACAACUAACAGAAAUCUCCAUAAACCCAUGUAUUUUAUUUAUACAAGUCUUGUGUUGUCUGAUGUACUGUUUAGUACAUGCACUUUACCAAAGAUCAUUGCAAGAUAUUUGUUCCAAGACGGCAACAUUUCUUUUGGAGCGUGUUUUUUACAAAUGUACUUAGUGCAUUAUUUUGGUGCAGUCAAUUCAUACGUACUUGCAUUAAUGGCCAUAGAUCGAUAUAUAGCUGUUUGUUACCCAUUCCGUUACCAUACUUUUAUGUCAAACAGGAAUAUAGUAGUUUCUUCAAUGGUAAUCUGGAUUUUUGCUCAUCUUAGCAUUAUAAUGAUGGUUGUUCGGGCUUACCCCCUCCCUUACUGUGGAUCCAACACCAUUUUACACUGCUAUUGUGAUCAUGUUUCUAUUACCCGACUUGCAUGCACAGACAGGACUCCAUAUAGUGUUCCAGCUUUUGUUUAUGCCAUGGUUAUACUGCUAGGAUCUUUUGCCAUUAUUCUCUUCUCAUAUUUCUUCAUUAUUUUAGCUGUCCUUAAAAUAUCAAGUGAACAGGGGAAGCUAAAGGUGUUUUCCACAUGUAGCUCUCAACUCAUUAUAAUUGCACUGUUUUUCUUACCAAGGUGUUUUUAUUAUUUGGCUGCCAAUAUAGGUAUUACAUUUAAUGCUGAUUUGCAAAUAGCAAUCAUUAUGUUGUAUAGCCUGCUACCUCCAAUGAUCAACCCUGUACUGUAUAGCCUAAAAACAGAAGAAGUGAAGAAAAUCUUAAUAAGAAAAUUAAAAAAAAAGGCCAAAUUAGAUAGAUUCUUGUGUAUAUCAAGAAAACUAAGCACACUCUCCGGCUGUGUGUGGCUUGCCUGGGAGCGGAGCAUGCUAAGUCGGUUCUCGAGGGAGCCGACUGCGCAAAUUGUGCUCGCAUGUCUAUACGAACGCUCCACUCCCGGUGGGCACUCUUUAAGGAGGGUGCCCCUGCUCCUUGUGGUUCUGGCAUGCUAG